CUUCUGAAAAACGGAAGUGACAUCACCAUUACGCGUUUGUCGGUCUUCCUUAAAAACAAUGGAGGAUCUGUGAUGUUAUUUUACUUAAAGUGGCUGUUUUAAAUGCCCAACGGGCAAUGUAACUAUAAUGUAUUAAUAUUUAUUAACAGGUGAUCCAAUAAUUGUGUGUUUUAGUACAGAAGUCACACGGACAGUGCGCUGUUUGUUGUCAAAAUGAGCGAUGUGGUGGAAAAAACGCUGACAGCUCUACCAAGCCUGCUCUCUUUAGACUCUCAGCCUGGCUCAGCAAAACUCUCCUCCAACUCUAAACUAGGAAACCUCAUCAGAGGAAUCACUGAACUAACAUCAAAACAUGAGGAAGAGAAACUCAUUCAACGAGAGCUCCUGCUAAUUAAAGAACAAGUGUCUUCCCCUAACACAACUAUGAGGCAGAUGAAGGAGCUCAUGGUGAGAGCGAUCUACUGUGAGAUGCUGGGUUAUGGCGUCUCCUUCAGCUACAUCCACGCCAUUAAACUGGCCCAGCAAGGGAAUGUUCUGGAGAAGAGAGUCGGUUACCUUGCUGUGUCGCUGUUUUUGAAUGAAAGUCAUGAGUUGCUUCUUCUCCUGGUUAACACGGUGCUGAAGGAUCUUCAAAGUACGAAUCUGAUUGAAGUGUGCAUGGCGCUCACAGUGGUGAGCCAGAUGUUCCCCAAAGAUAUGAUCCCUGCCAUCCUCCCCCUGGUGGAGGAAAAGCUCAAUCACCCAAAAGAAAUAAUUCGCCGUAAAGCCGUCCUGGCCUUGUAUAAAUUCUAUCUGAUAGCGCCGAAUCAAGUUCAGCACAUUCACAACAAGUUUCGCAAGGCGCUGUGCGACAAAGACCCCGGCGUGAUGUCGGCUUCUCUGCACAUUUACCUGCAGCUCAUUCAGGAGAAUCCAGAAGGUUACAAAGAUCUCGCACCGAGUUUUGUCACCAUACUGAAGCAGGUGGUGGGAGGGAAGCUGCCCAUGGACUUUAACUAUCACAGUGUUCCUGCUCCCUGGCUUCAAAUCCACCUUCUCAGAAUACUCUCCUUUCUGGGGAAAAAUGACCAGAGCACAAGCGAGAUCAUGUAUGAAAUCCUUGACGAGUCUUUGCGACGGGCAGAGAUGAACCACAACAUCACAUAUGCUAUUCUAUAUGAGUGUGUAAAAUGUAUUUACACCAUUCAUCCCAAAUCAGACCUUUUAGAGAAAGCUGCAAAGUGCAUUGGCAACUUUGUUCUGUCUCCAAAGAUUAAUCUAAAGUAUCUGGGUCUGAAAGCUCUCACCUAUGUGGUCCAGCAGGACCCAAAGUUAGCUUUGCAGCAUCAGAUGACAAUCAUCGAGUGUCUUGACCAUCCUGACCUCAUCAUCAAGCGGGAGACGCUGGAGUUGCUCUUUAGAAUAACUAAUGACCAGAAUGUGACGGUGAUCGUUGAGAAGAUGCUGGACUUUCUGCGAAUCAGUGAAGAUGAUCACACGACCAUUGACCUGGUGGGGAAGGUGGCAGAACUGGCGGAAAAAUAUGCACCAGAUAAUGAAUGGUUUAUCGAUACCAUGAACACAGUGUUUUCACUCGGUGGAGACUUGUUACAACCGGAUAUCCCAAACAGUUUUCUUAAACUUCUCUCUGAGGGAUUUGACAGUGUGGAGGAGGACAAGAAGUUGAGGCUGUUUGCUGUGAAUUCAUACAUUUCAUUGCUACAAAGAGACGCCAGCAAACUGCCACAGCGUUUUCUUCAAGUCAUUUGCUGGGUUCUUGGUGAAUACUCUCACUUGAGGGAGGAUCUUGAGCCGGACGUCAUUGUGAGGCUGCUGGCCAAACUGCUGGACAUGAAGAGCAGCAGCAGUGAAACAAAGUGCUGGGUCCUCAUGGCUAUGACUAAGCUCUGCCCCGGUGGAGCGGCUCUGGCAUUGGUUCAUAAUGUCUCGGAAACCUACAGCAGCUCCCUGGACACCAUGCUGAGACAAAGAGCUCAGGAGCUGGAGAUCCUCAGCCAAGACUCUGAACUGCAAGCCAAGGUGUUACCGCGAAGUGCCAGCAUGGAGCCUGUGGAGGUGGAUUCCUCGCUUUCCUUUCUGGACGGAUUUGUGUCGGAGGCGUUGGCUGCGGGCGCGGCUCCUUACAAGCCUCCUCAUCAAAGGCAGGAAGAACUGUCUCGAUCAAAAGCGCUGAACCUGGAGCCCUACGGCCUGUCGCUGCCCAUCAGCAUGUCCUCAUGCAGCAUCACUGACAGACAGUCUCCCACCCUGUUGUCCAUCAGCUCUGGCCUCUCCGGCGACAGCACUGAUUUCUCACACAAGGGCAGCUCUACGGUUUUGAAGCUGGAUGGCGUAAAGAGGCUGUGGGGUAGAGACGGCUACCUAGCUCAGAAAGAGCCGACAGAAGAAGCUCCUCGGAUUGAGGCCGCCAGCCCGGUUCGGUCCGCCGACCAACUGGGCAACAACAACAGUCAAACACCGACUCCGACACCAACGCCUGAGUGUGACCAGGAAAAGCAGCAGCUGGCGUCCUCGCUGUUUGUCGGUCUGGCCUCCCAGAGCUCCAUUUGUCUGAUGGGAAAGUCUGACCAACCUUCCCAGCGUUUCAGAAGAAAAACCAAAGCUUCAGGGAGUUCUGAGCAAAUAACCAACCCGCUCGUCUUUCCCUCUGACGGUUCUGAUAACUUGCUGUAUAAAAACCUGCUGGACUCACCAGACCUGGACGGUUCGCCGCCUGAACAGACACCCGGCCUUGAUGCUCCGAACGGCGCCUGUGAUGCAGAAGAAGAGUCGACUGACGCAGACAUGAAGGAAAUCAAAACUCCUCCCAUUAGAGAUGAACAUGUGACAGCUGAAGCUUCUCCACACCACGACCCAGACAGAUCCAAAGACCCGAGUCUCACCUCGCAUCUUCCAGCUGAGCUUUCGGCUCUUCCUCACUCUAAAACCACUACUCUGUUCUCCAAACAAAACCUGGAUGUCUCGGCCUGCCACGUCCAGAAAGAAGACUCAGUCGUUCUUGUUGUCUUUAUUUCCAACUGCUCAGACUCUUUCCUUCAGCAGAUACGACUUCAGGUCGACUCUGAAGAACUAGAGGUAUCCUGUGUGUCUGAUUCUCCAUCAGAGGAGUUAAAAAGCCACAGUGUAGCAGUUUGUCAGUAUUUCCUAACUGUAAAGAGACCCUCCGUCCACUUUGAUCUGUCUGCGACGGUGUCAUGGCAACCACCUGCUGGGUCGCCCCUGACGACGCAGUUCUCCUACAGACUUCCUCUAACAGCCUUCAUCAGAGCUUUGAGGCUUUCCACAGAGGAGUAUGGAGCCAAGUGGCUGGCCUUCUCCCAUGACACCAAGCAGAACCUGACGCUGAUCCAAGGCGGCCGGGAUCCCCUCGCUGCCACUCUGGAUGUACUGAAGAGGAAACUCCAGCUUCAUGUGGUGGAAGUUAUAGGCGUGGAAGCGAUCGUGGCUUGCUGCCUGCAGCAGGAUCAGCCGUGUCUCAUGCACUGUCGCAUGCAUGCCGGCAUGCUGGCUGUGUGGCUGCGCUCUCCAGUCCCCGACCUGCCGGACUGCCUCCUCUACUGCUGUCAGAGAGCUCUGCAGGAGCUCUGAGGGCCGCGGCUGGCAGCACCGGAACCAUUCAGAACCCCCAAGCACUGAACAAAGAGAUCCACAGAUCUGCAGGACACUCCAGCACCAGCUGCUGCUUUGAUUUCAUGUAUUUACUGGCCAUUGUUGUUUUAUUUUAAUUUGUUCACAAAUGAUUUAAAAUUAUGGAAAGUCAUGGCAGGUAACAAGCUCAGGGCCUCAGUGUGUUUUAAAUUACACUAUUGUCUUAAAACUAUUAUAGUAUUAUGAUAAUCGUUUGAGUAAAUCUGUGAAACUAUUAACUAAAUUUAUUAGUAAUGAGCAAAAAAAACCAACCUUUUAAAAUUAGCUUCAUUUUUGUUUUCUAAAAUAGUUAUGACAGUAAAAAACUCCAUAAAGGCUGAGCAAUACGUGUAGUUUAUUUUUUAGAUAAACUGCAGAGAAGUAUGAAGAUAUAUGAAGAAACUCACAUUAUAAUGCACAUAAGUUGGAGUGUUUAGAGCUUCAUUUCAGCUUAUUUGGAAAUUUUAUGAGACUUCAUUAAAGUUUGAGCCAUAGCUGCUCCAGUUGUGUCUCCUAAAUCUAUAACAUUAGAGUAUUCACAUAUGUUGCAACCCUAGCAUUACUUUUACAAAAUAUGUAAAAGGGGAAGAAAAUCCCAAGAAAGCAGAAAUCUGAAGGGAUUUUUGAAAUUAUUAUGUCUAAAAACAAAUUUUAAACUCCCGUCAUGGAAAAAAAAGUUAUUUUCUCAUAAAGUCAAUCUGAAAUUGAUCAAAGUGAAAACCAGGUUAAGAAGUUAAAAUUUACAUUAGUACCAGUCACUUCCUUUGGAAAACAAUGGGAAAUGUUCUCCAUCUUAACCAGCAGAGCUCACGCCCAUGUUAAAUUUCUGUCUCUAUAAAAUUCAUUGCCUUCCAUGUAAGAUUAUCAUCUAUGCGCUCAUUGAUUUCUGUUAACUUAAGUCUUUCACUACUAUGUUUUCAACAUUAAAAACAUAUUUAUUUGUUUGCUUUAUACUAACUUCACAGGAGAUCUGUGCUGUGAAGGAGAUCUCCGCUCUGUGAGGGUUUGCUGGUGGAGUUUGAUCUAUUUUUCAUGUCUUAUGCUGAUUUAAACGGUAUGGACAGUGUUUGUACAUCCACAACCGUAUGCCUUAUGUUCAAAUGCCAUGAUGGCAUGUUUAAUUUGUGCCUGUGGUACAGAGAAGAGUCCUCGUUUCUUGGAGUGCCUGUCACUACAUCCUGGGACUAUAAUAAUAAAUGCAACACUUGGAAAAACA